AGAAGAGGCGAGAGUACAAACCGUGAUCCAGCUUUGAGCACGUCUCCUUCCCCUUGGCCGCGGAAAAGAAAGGAGAGUCUUCACUCUUUCAUUGCUGCCGCUUGCGAUUUUAUAUUGGAGGCAGUUAGGGUUUGUUGCUUCGCCGCUGCAGCUGCGUAGGCGAGCAGGAAUGGCGAUCGCCUACUUUCCGUCUCUCACCCUCUCUCCGCCUCGCUCCUCCGUAAGCGGAUCGAAGUCUCCGCCAAAGCCGUCUGUGGGUUUGAUCCCCCGAUUCGCUCGGCUCGUCACUAGUCGGCUUCAGAUGCCAAUCCUUCGAGCUGCGUCGCCUGGUUCCUCCGCCGCAGUCACUACCGGCGGCGUCGAUGCGACUGCGACCUGGGAUGCCCUUGAUGGCGUCCGUGUCUUCGCGGUGGGCACUGGAGAGCCCGUGUUCCUCAGGGAUCUCUGGGACCAAAACGAAGGCGUUGCAGUGGUUGCGCUCAUGAGACAUUUUGGAUGUUUUUGUUGUUGGGAGCUUGCUUCAGUCUUGAAAGAGUCGAUAUCUAAAUUUGAUGCAGCAGGAGUUAAACUAAUUGCAGUUGGUGUUGGGACUCCUGACAAAGCUCGCAUGCUUGCUGAACGGUUGCCAUUUCCGAUGGAUUAUCUCUACGCAGACUCGGAAAGGAAGGCUUACGGUGCCUUGGGCUUGUAUUUUGGAUUAGGCAGAACUUUCUUUAAUCCAGCUAGUACGAAGGUGUUCUCAAGAUGGGAGUCCAUCAAGAAGGCGAAUAAGAAUUAUACCAUUACAGCCACCCCCGACGAUAGGUCUAGCGUUUUGCAGCAGGGAGGUAUGUUUGUAUUCAAAGGGAAGCAGUUGUUGUAUGGAAGAAAAGAUGAAGGUACUGGUGAUCAUGCACCUUUAGACGAAAUCUUAAACAUAUGCAAUAAUGCCAAGAUUGCAUGAUAUCAAACACAGCAGCAUAUAUCCAACUUGUAAGUUCUGUGAGCCGUGUUUUACUUCUAAAAGUUUUUUUUUUUUAUUUCUCAGAGGCUGCUGUUAUGUUUCACAAAUGCAGUGUGCUUCCAAGUUUAAUCGUGAACCAUUUAUUAUGCGAGUACCUGAGAUUUAAUUUA